GGGGAUUCCCGCGGCCCUGGCCACUACCCGGCUUGCCCCGCGGCAAGAUGGCGGCCUGAACGCAGCUGGCAGCGGCGGAAAGUUUGUUGUGGGGUUGGAGUAGUCGGGCGGGGAAGCCAGAGUUGCAGGGGAUUGCGGGGGCCCUAGCCUGUAGUAGGGGCGAAGGGGGUCCUGGCUCCAGGGUUGAAAAGAGGAGAUGGAAUGGAGUAAGGUCUGAGGCGGAGAGGAAAAAAAGGAGCUGGGGCGGACCGGGGCCCUAGGGUCCAGUGGCAGCCCUAGGGGAGGGGGAUUUGGGGGCGGGGCAGCCAGAAGUAGGUGUUGUGUAGGCCCUGGAGAAGCAGGGUCACAAGUUGGAGGAAAAUUUGUUAGCGGCGAAUAAAGAAGCCUGGAGCGUGAGAUAGAGGCCCGACUGUAUCUGGCCGGCCAGAGGGGAAAGGGAUCUUUCUAGUAGAGUGGGAGAGUGAGGAAGAGAGAUCUGGAGGAUGCCGGGCAGAUCUGCUAAGGAGGGAACUAAAGCCAGUCAAAUGAUCCUCUUCUAGGCUUAGAUCAGCCUUUCCACAGCUGUAGCAGCAUCUGCCCCAAUUUCAGCUGAAGAUUCAGGUGCCCCAGGGACUGGAAGAAAUUACAGUGCCUACUUGGAAAGAAGAGAUAGCGACUUGCCCCAAUCCAACCCCAGAGCGGGUACCUGCUGUCACCGACUCCUGAAUUCAUUCUCGCUGCGUGUCUACUUUUGCUCUUUUGGAGCUGUUGGCUAAAGGAAGUGGAGGGGCCGUGGGAUGCGGAGAGCCGAGGGCUAACUCCCGGACAGCGGAACAGAGAGAGCUGCCGACAAACAGACGGCGGAGGAGCCGUCACCUCCCAGAAUGACCAGUGCCGCCCCUGCUAAGAAACCCUACCGUAAGGCACCACCAGAGCAUCGGGAGCUGCGUUUGGAAAUUCCUGGAUCCCGGCUUGAGCAGGAGGAACCCCUGACUGACGCAGAAAGGAUGAAGCUCUUGCAGCAGGAGAAUGAAGAGCUUCGCCGGCGCCUGGCCUCCGCCACCAGACGCACUGAGGCCCUGGAACGUGAGCUGGAAAUCGGGCAGGACUGCCUGGAGCUGGAGCUGGGCCAGAGCCGCGAGGAGCUGGACAAAUUUAAGGAUAAGUUUCGCAGGCUGCAGAACAGCUACACAGCUUCCCAGCGGACCAACCAGGAGUUGGAGGACAAGCUGCACACACUGAUCAAGAAGGCUGAGAUGGAUAGGAAGACGCUGGACUGGGAGAUUGUGGAGCUGACCAACAAGCUGCUGGAUGCCAAGAACACCAUCAACAAGCUGGAAGAGCUCAAUGAGCGGUAUCGGCUGGACUGCAACCUGGCUGUACAGCUCCUCAAGUGCAACAAGUCCCACUUCCGAAACCACAAGUUUGCCGAUCUGCCCUGUGAGCUACAGGACAUGGUUCAGAAACAUCUGCACAGUGGUCAAGAGGCCGCCAGCCCAGGUCCUGCUCCCAGCCUAGCCCCAGGGGCUGUGGUACCUACCUCAGUCAUUGCCCGAGUGUUAGAGAAGCCGGAGUCUCUACUGCUUAAUUCAGCCCAGUCAGGCAGUGCCGGGCGCCCCUUGGCUGAGGAUGUCUUUGUGCAUGUGGACAUGAGUGAGGGUGUCCCAGGUGAUCCAGCCAGUCCCCCGGUGCCUGGCAGCCCCACCCCGCAACCCAAUGGGGAGUGCCACUCUCUGAGUACUGCCAGGGGCUCCCCGGAGGAAGAGCUGCCCCUGCCAGCCUUUGAGAAGCUGAGCCCCUACCCAACCCCGUCUCCACCACACCCACUGUAUCCUGGCCGCAGGGUAAUAGAGUUCUCUGAGGAUAAGGUUCGGAUCCCCCACAACAGCCCCCUGCCCAACUGCACUUAUGCUACCCGCCAGGCCAUUUCCCUGAGCUUGGUAGAGGAGGGGAGUGAGCGGGCCCGCCCCAGCCCAGUGCCCAGCACCCCUGCCUCAGCCCAGGCCUCACCCCACCACCAGCCCAGCCCAGCGCCCCUAACACUCAGUGCCCCAGCUAGCUCUGCCAGCUCGGAAGAGGACCUGCUGGUCAGCUGGCAGCGGGCAUUUGUGGACCGUACUCCGCCACCUGCCGCUGUGGCCCAGCGCACAGCCUUUGGACAUGACACUCUCCCUGAGCUGCAGCGCCAUUUUGCCCAUAGCCCCGCUGACAGAGAUGAGGUGGUCCAGGCACCUUCUCCCCGACCCGAAGAGAGUGAGCUUUUGCUACCCACAGAACCUGACUCUGGCUUUCCCAGGGAGGAAGAAGAAGAGCUGAACCUGCCCAUCGGUCCUGAGGAAGAGCGCCAGAGCCUGCUGCCCAUUAACAGUGGCACACAGGAGGGGCCAGGCACUUCCCACACUGAGGGCAGGGCCUGGCCACUCCCCAGCUCCAGUCGCCCCCAGCGCAGCCCCAAGAGGAUGGGGGUUCACCACCUGCACCGCAAGGACAGCCUGACCCAGGCCCAGGAGCAGGGCAACCUGCUCAACUAGGGCCCCUGAUGGCCUUCCUGCCAUUGCUGCACCGGGACUGCAAGGAGGCCCCACACCUUGGCAGCUCAGGGUCCCCAGUCCAAGCCCUUGACCUCUCCUCUAUCCAGACCUGCACAGCUGUUCCCUGUGUGGGUGGGGUCAGGUGGUGGGCCAUGCCAGGCCUGUCAGCUGCGUUGACUGACUGUGGCAGCUUGCCUCAUGGUUUUCCCCUUUUCUUAGAAUAUUUAUUCUUCAGAGGUAACAUGCAGUUGGGUCUCAAGACCUUUCCUCCAAUCAGCCCAACCCAGCCCAGACUGGGCUGUUCUGGGGAGCUGAGGAGUUUAUCAGUAUUCAUCUUCCAUCCUCCUUUCAUAGUCACAAGUUUUGUUAUUUUGUUUUUUUGGGGGGGUGAUGGUGUAAUUGUUAACCUCAUUUCUGUUUCCUACCUGUUUGCUUCCCCCCCGAGUCCUCCGCAUGAGCUGUUGCCCUCCAGGGGCCCAGCACAGCUGGCCUUGGGGACGAGGGAGAGGACUGACUCAGGGCCCCCUCAGCUGUCUCCUCCCUCCCUCUGGAAAGGAGGGUGGGGCUCAGGGGCCUCAAGCUGGGCUCUGGGUGAGGCCUGGCCCCCACUCCCAACCUUGGCUCUAGACUGUUACUCUAAGCUUUGGGAAAUUUUCACAUUGAUGACUAUUUUAAAAUCAAAUAAAACUAUUUUACUGGUA